AUGGAACGCACAGGACUGUGGGAUUUCAAAGGCAGCGAAGGAUACAUCUAUGCUGCCUUCAAAAAUCGAUCAGAUGAAGGUGAGAAUCGGACACUCUCUGUAGCCAGAAGGAGAAACACUGUUCUACAAUGCCUGCAGAAGUUUAACAUACGCUGCAGUGAGGAUGCGGUGCCGAACAUUGCAUUACUGGGUUCUGGAGGAGGACAAAGAGCCAUGGUGGGUUUGCUGGGAUCCCUGGUUCAGCUUGAUAAAGCGGGUCUUCUGGACUGCAUCCUUUAUCUGAGCGGAGUCUCUGGAUCCACCUGGUGCAUGGCCUCCUUAUACAAAGAACCAGACUGGUCCACCAAACUAGAGACCGUGACAGACAAAAUCAUCAAGAGAAUCAGCGGACCAGGAGUCAGCUGGGAAGACGCAUUGGCCAAACUGAAGAAAUAUUACUAUGAGAAAGACUUCUUCAGCUUGACUGACGUCUGGGCAGUGAUGCUUGUCACAUCAUAUGUGAAAGAGAUCGAUGAACAAACACUCGCAGAUCAGUGGGACAAGCACAAUAAAGACCCAUAUCCCAUCUAUGCAGUGAUCGACAAGCAAUGCAAACAGCAUGAGGAAGGAGACCCCUGGUUUGAGAUCAGUCCACAUGAAGCAGGUUAUUCCCUCACUGGAGCGUUUGUGGGAACAUCCAGCUUUGGCAGCCAGUUUAAAAAUAAGAUGAAGAAGCAGGAUGAAAUGGACAUGCUGUACCUGCAAGCUAUGUGCAGCAGUGCUUUAGCUGUUGAAGAGGAGAUCUGGAAAUGGAUAAAAGCUCAUUUAUCACUUAAAAUAAAAAUAGCAUCUGAGAACAUGAGGCAAGAUUACAAUGGAGGAAACCGCCGGUCAAUCCCUCAGCAGCCUAAAGAUCCAAACUCCUCAUCUAUAGACGAAUGUUACCAGGUACUCUUGAAACUUGUUGACAUGAAUCUCGCUGUGUUGAAAGGAGCUGAUCCUUCUGCUCUUGAUCAAUCCAUCAGAACAACGCUGACCGAUAUCUCUGGAGGCCAACGUCAUCUGAAUUAUCCAUUAGAAAAACUGAAAGAUGAUAAAACUGCUGAUAAAGAAGCAGCAAAACAGUACAUGAAGCAGUACACCAUGGACGUAUGCAAAUAUGUCAGUUUGGAGUUCAAGCUCAAUUCCUGGCCAUUUGAUAUUUUGAUCAGCAUUUGUAGAUGCAUUGCUCUGUGGAUCUGGGGCAGGAAAUAUAACUUCCUCCAUGACAUGACAGCUUAUUCAGUGCCUGCUGCUCUUCUGGAGAGUGAGACGAGAGACUAUAUAGACGCAGGAGUGUUGCUGAACUCACCGUACUUCUCAGUGCUGAGAAAAGAACGAGACAUUGACCUCAUCAUUUCACUGGAUUUCAGUGAAGACGAUUCUUUCACGACAGUGACGCAAACUGCUGAGACGUGCAAGAAACUGAAGAUCCCUUUCCCUGAAGUUAACAUUGCCAGUGAAAAUGUGAAGAAACCGAAGGGCUUCUAUGUGUUCAAAGGCCAAAACACUCCAACCGUGAUUCACAUCCCUCUGUUUAAUGUGGCCAACUGUGGAGAUAAAAUCGAUGCCUGGAGGAAGAAAUAUGGCACCACUCAGGUUCCUUACAGUGCUGAGAUGAUCACUGAACUUAUGCAGGUCGCUGGGAAAAAUAUCGCAAUCAACAAAGCCAAACUGCUGGAGCAGAUUCGAGUGAUCGCGGAGGCAAAAUAUUCCCAGGCACAAGCACGACAAAUUUAAAGUCGGCUUGAAAU